AUAUGAUUAAUCGAGGGGGGAAAAAAAAUCUGAGGAGGAGACAGACACGUUCCCCUCUACCUCAUCACCCCUCUUUCCACCGCAUCCAAAAGCUUCUACUUCACGCUGACAUACUCUCUCUACAGUCUACACCCAAACCCAAACCCCUAACCUUCCCUUCCCAUGUGCCUUCUCCACUCCUCCAAAACCCACCACUUCAUAAUUCCACUCCCACAAUUACCAUCUCCCGCAACCCAAUCCCUCACCCCAACACCAUGUACUUAUCGGAGAAGCCGCGUCCCAUCGACUUCUACAAGGAGGAGGGGGCGCGCGACAUGAUGAUCGAGGUCGUCUCCAACGGCGACCUCCCUCCGCCGCCGCCGCUCCACCCCGCGCCGCCCCCCAUGAUCCUCGGCGAGAGCAGCGGCGAGGACCCCGAGGUCGAGAUCAAGGCGCCCAAGAAGCGCGCCGAGACCUGGGUUCAGGACGAGACGCGCUCCCUCAUCGGCCUCCGCCGCGAGAUGGACGCGCUCUUCAACACCUCCAAGUCCAACAAGCACCUCUGGGAGCAGAUUUCGGCCAAAAUGAGGGAAAAGGGCUUCGAUCGUUCCCCUACCAUGUGCACCGAUAAGUGGCGCAACCUCUUGAAGGAGUUCAAGAAGGCCAAGCACCAGGACCGCGCCGGAAGCGGCUCUGCGAAGAUGUCGUAUUACAAGGAGAUUGAUGAGAUCCUCAGAGAGAGGAGCAAGAGCGUGCAGUAUAAGAGUCCCACUCCUCCGCCUAAGGUUGAUUCCUUCAUGCAGUUCGCUGACAAAGGUAUUGACGAUACUAGCAUCUCUUUUGGACCUGUAGAAGCUACUGGAAGACCAACACUCAAUCUUGAGAGAAGUUUGGAUCAUGAUGGACAUCCUCUUGCCAUUACCACAGCUGAUGCUGUUGCAGCAAGUGGAGUCCCUCCUUGGAAUUGGAGAGAGGCUCCUGGAAAUGGUGGAGAAAGUCAGUCAUGUUGUGGAAGGGUUAUAUCCGUUAAAUGGGGUGAUUAUACAAGACGGAUAGGUAUUGAUGGCACUCCAGAAGCCAUCAAAGAGGCAAUUAGGGCUGCCUUUAGGUUGAGAACUAAACGUACAUUUUGGUUGGAGGAUGAAGACCAGAUUAUCAGAAGUAUUGACCGUGAAAUGCCUAUAGGAAAUUACACUCUUCACCUUGAUGAAGGAAUGGCCAUUAAAUUGUGCCUCUAUGAUGAAUCUGACCAUAUCCCUGUGCAUACCGAAGAUAAGAUAUUUUACACUGAAGAUGAUUACCGUGAUUUUCUGACCCGCCGGGGUUGGAUAUGUCUGAGAGAAUUUGACGGCUAUAGAAAUAUUGACAAUAUGGACGAUCUUCGACCUGGUGCCAUGUACCGUGGUAUGAGUUGAAAGCACGUACAUGGUAUGAUCAAUCUUCAGCUACCUACAUAAAACGCCUGAAGAAUUGUGGUGGGGACUGUUCAGAUCUCUGAUAUAUGUGCGGCACUAACCCGGAAUUGUAUUUGUUUUAGUUUUGAUACUGCUGUUUAUAGUAUUAUGAUAGGAAAAUGAACUAGUCCCUCUGCACAAAUUCCGUUGCAAUCAUUGGCCUAACGUGUCUGUAAAUAUGCGUUUGCAGUGAGAACAUAAUAUUGUCCAGAUUUUUUAGUGGAUCAUUUUCAUCACGUCUUCCUAUACUUUUAGUUUAUUUAGUUAACUUGGACGGGUUGCAUAUUUUCGACACUGCCUAAGCAGGAACCUUCUGAACAAUCGAGCUGUUAACAUUAAUCAGAUGAGUUUUUGUUUGGGAUUUAUUGCUUGCCAGGAGUCCUAAGAAUUCUGUCCACCAAACCAUGACUGAUAUUGCAUCAGAAGGGACGUAAGAUGUGAAAUAUCGUAUUUAAUACAAGCAGACUGGUCUCCUAGAAAGUGGAAACUUUGGUGAAGGGAGCAAUUAUUUUGCUGAAAAAUGCAGUUGUUGGAAGUGGUGUACUAAACCAGACUAUGGUGGGUACUAUGUCUCUUGGAUGUUUUACAUGGAUUUGCCUUAGGUUCCACUCGAUGGAUUAUUACGAUAUAUGCUUAGAUUGAUGCAUCAUUCCGUAAGCUUGAAGAAGGGUGAAAGAAUUUUUAAAUAUUAAGGCGAUGCAUUGCCAUGUUGAAUGUAGAUAUUGACCAUCUUGUUAAUGUAGUAGUAAUUGGAUA